GAUCCAAGAUUGUGCGCAGACGCAGUCCGUAAGACCAUUCGGCGACGCGCGCACGCGCGUAUACCUGCCGUCGUAUAUUAUAACGAUAAUUUUUCUUUUUAAUUGAUUGUUAGGUUUUGUGGCAUCGGUAAUCAAGUGUACAGUUAUGGCUCGCUUUAUUUUUGUGAUGGGUUUGUUCUGCCUAAUUUGCCAAGCUAGGGCUAGCGGUAACGACACGUAUGACAACCACACUCUCAUACGUUUGUACCCGACGUCAGAUGACAAUUUGCAAGCAGCAUCGCAUUUUGAGGAUCCGUCUGGUGAAGUAGAGGUCCUGAAGGAAAGCAGAGGUCUUAAUGACACUCUAGACCUCUUAGUACCGCCACAAAAACUACAAUUUGUUGAGGAUUAUGCGAAAAUCAAGAAUUUAAAACUAGAGGUGAAACAACCGAAUUAUGGAAGAACUUUAGAAGAUGUGGCUGAACGUACGCCAAGAAGACGACUGCUUAAGAGCUUCAAUAUCUACGAAUACAAUUCUUACGCCAAUAUGCUUGAGUUCAUGGAGACGGUAGCCCGAAGAUUCCCCGACCUGGUUACCCUGCAGAACCUCGGCAAGAGCUACGAGGGCCGGAAGAUGAACCUCGUGAAGAUAUCAUCCAACCCCAAUGCUGGCAACCCUAUCAUAUUUGUUGAUGGAGGUAUUCACGGGCGUGAGUGGGUGGCCCCAGCCAUGGCGUUGUAUCUUAUCCACCGAUUGUCCAGCGAGCCGGCCAAUCGGAGGAGCGGCGGCGAGCUGGAUGGCGUCGACUGGUACAUCCUGCCUCUCGUAAAUCCUGACGGUUACGAGUAUACCAGGUCUAGCAAGAGUAACCGUAUGUGGCGAAAAACAAGAUCAAAACACACCGAAAAUGAUUGUUAUGGAGUGGACGGCAACCGAAACUAUGGGUUUAAGUGGGGUGUGAGCGGAAUAUCACAUGAUCCCUGCCAUAAAGAAACCUUCGCCGGUCCCAGGCCCUUCUCGGAGCCCGAGACACAAAUGGUCCGAAACGUCAUGAUGGACAAUAAGAAGAAUAUGAAAUUAUACGUGUCCCUUCACUCUUACGGCCAAUACUUGGUUUAUCCGUGGGGCUACACGGGAGAAAUACUACCAAAAGAGUGGAAGAGGCUGGAUAACAUGGCUAGAGUGGUUUCGCAAGCUGUUGUGAAAGCCGGAGGGCUGCCUUUCAAAGUGAUGAGCGCAGGCAAGUGGUACCCGGCGGCCGGCGGUAGCGAUGACUUCGCCUUCGGCGGUGCCGGUAUCCCCUACUCCUACACGAUGGAGCUGACUGAUGGAUACGAGUUCACAUUCCCAGAAAGUCGCCUUCGGAAUACUUUACCAACGUUUUACGAAGGUUUUAAAUCAUUUGGAUCCCAAAUCAAGAAAGAGUUCGGUCAUCAGAGAAAAAAGAGGGAGCUCGCUCAAGGCUACUGACUUGCUGAAGACUGAUAGCAUGAAAUAGGCUACACAAAUAUGUAAUACAUAAGAAUAAAAUUUUAAAACGAA